AUGAGUGCUAGUGACAUAUACGAUAGGCAGUGGCGUGGUGCGGCGUGGCGGGAAGCCUGCGCCCGUGCGGCAGCCUACGUUAUCUCGUUAGCACGACCGGUGUUUGCAGGCGGCCACUGCGGCGCGCCCUCGCCUCGACCGCGAACUAGGGCAUCGGGGUGCUCGGGAGCAGUCGAGCAGCCGCCGCGCCGCAGCCCGAGGCGUGAGACGCUGCUGGCGGCCGCCACUCGGCGCUCGCCACUCGCUCCACGGUCGCCGCUAGCGCCCGCAGUGACGCAUUGCAGGUGCGCGACGGCCAAUCGGCGCGCGCCGAACGCCAGUCCACGCCGCCGCACCAGCCCGAUAUAA